GUUAUUUUGGUUUUUACAAUAAUUUUACUUUUCCUGUUUCCAGCAUUUUAAUUAUUGAGAAUCAGUUUUUGGCAAAUUUUUGUUUAUCCAACUUUAUCGCACUGGAAAAAUUUCAGCGGAUCAUCAUUGUUAUUGUUUUAUCAAACUUAUCUGGAAUUUCAGGCUAUUUUUGAUCAGAUCAAAUAGCUUCGGUUUUGCUUUUUUACUUGGGUUUGAAAGUUUCGAUCGCCCCGUAGUGAGGUUUGCAUUUUGCGAUAUUUUCAGACGACACCGUUUCGUUCAAUUUUUUCCUGUUUUGUUAUGUCAUUGGUGUACUUACUAUAAUAACUGUAAUUUCUCUGACGUGCGGUUUGCUCUCUUAUUCUUCGCUGCAAAUUCUGAACGAAAAAUACGCAGAUGCCGUGGCACAGUUCGUCGGAUGAUUGGUGGGACCUGGAAGCAGCAGAAGCGAAGAAGAAUGCAAUGCGAUCUCCUCCGCAAAUCCUUGAGAAAAUCAAACCCAAAUCCGCUUGGUCGCUGCCCACUGCGGUUGGAAAAUUAGCGCUCGACGCACAAAAAUAUCCCGCACUGGGUGAACAUGUCCGCCUUCCGCCGCCGGAUCCCCUGCCUGUACCCGUCCUGGAUCGCCAUCCUGCCAGUCUGACUGAGCCCCCGGUAGGGAAGAAAUCGGCUCAGAAGCCCGUGCUGGAUUUGGGUGUGCUGCUGGAACACUCCAGCAUCCAGCAGAGGGAGAAGAAAGCGCGAGCGGCUCUCCACGCCGCUCCCGGCACCGGCCCCGCUCCGGUGAAAGCCAGAGAAGCCGCUGCCAUCGCCAAUGCGCUCGAUGCCAGCGCUCCGACUAGGAUGCGCGGCAAGGAGAGAGAGACGGCAAAACCCAAGAAGCCCUCCACCAUGAAGAAAGCCGUCCUGACCAGCAGAAAACAGAACCAACUGGCAAAAGCCGAAGAGCAAAUUCCGGAAUCCCUUUCCGCAAUGCCUACUGCGACUUUGGACGGAGCUAUUUCCUCAUCCACAAUCGAGCCAAAGAAAUGCCUGCACAGCAAGCGAUUUGCACCAUAUUGCGAUCAGAUUGUUACACCGGAAAUUGACCAGUUGGUCGGAUUAAUUUUGGAAGCGGUAGCUUUCUAUCAGGAUCGUGCCUUCCGCACGCAGGAUCCGACGAAAUUCAAGAAACGAUUUGUUUGUGGUUUGCGAGACGUACGGAAGAAUCUGGAACGCAAGGAGAUCCGCUUGGUUAUUUUGGCGCCGGAUGUCGAAGUGACGGAACAGCCCAACGGACCCGAUGCGCUGUUGUUAGAAAUUAAAGAAUUUGCAAAGGAGCACGACAUUCCGGUACUCUUUGCUAUGAAAAGGAAAUCUCUGGCCAAAAAAUGCCACAAACCGGGAACUGUCAGCGUUGUCGGUCUGAUAAACUACGACGUCGCUGCCGCCGAUGUCCGGAAAGUGCUGCAACUUGCGGAAGAAGCGAGUCAGAAGUACAGAAGUCUUCAGGAAUCGUCGGGCAUUCCGGUGGAAGUGAGUAAUGCGAUGGCAGCGGCUGAUGUCGUGCAGAACGGCCCGAUGCGGCUGUAUGUAGGAUCGCUACAUUUCAACAUCACGGAAGCUAUGUUAAAGGAUAUUUUUGAACCAUUUGGAAAGUUGGACAGUGUGCAGUUGGCGAUGGAUCCCGAGAGUGGACGAUCGAAAGAAUAUGCUUUUAUCUCAUUCCGAGAUGCGCACGACGCGAAGCGAGCCAUGGAGCAGUUGAAUGGCUUCGUAUUGGCCGGACGCGCCAUGAAGAUUGGCCACGUGACGGACCGCAACGACAACGCCACGCAGGGCUCUUUGAACUAUGACGACACGGACCCUGCGGGAUUUGACCUGGGUCCGACCGGGAGAUGACAGCUGAUGGCCAAACUGGCCGAAGGCACCGGCAAUGGCAUGAAGACUCCUACGGUGAUUUAACUUACCAUUAGCAAAAUUUCCAGUUUCCAUUUUGUUUAACGGUUGUAUUUCCGUUUCCGUUAUUUCUUCUCUGGUAUUGUGACUGUCUGAUUUGAAAUGUAAGGAAUUUGGAUACUGGUGGGCUUUCAGUGCGUGCACAUAAAUAGUUUGUAUAGCUGAAACUGUUUUUGUAGAAAGUGGUAUCCAUUUGGAAAGUGGUAGUUUCCGGUUUCUUGGUUGUCAUUUUACUGUGAUGCGAGUUAUUUUACUCUUAAAAAUAUACUUGACCGUGGACUGUUGUGAUUUAUUUUGUGUUAACUGAUUUUGUAGAUUAUUGUUCAGAAUGUUUGAUUAACCUGGAAAGAAAGGACUGGAAAAUUGUGUAACA